AUGAACGGUAACAACCACGGCAGAAAUCCAGAUAUUUUACGCACGAAUAUCGGAAUCAAUAGCGAUAGGAACGACUAUCACGCCGCGGCACCGUCCAACUUCGCACUCGGCAUGUCUACACCCAACGAAACGCAAGUGCUUUCGCAGCAGUCAGAGAGGUUUUUCUCCGCCACACAGCGAGAAGAGAUUGCGGAGAAGCUGGCAAAGAGACUGGCGCCGGAGUGCAUCUCCCAGCGACCAGCGCCCGGCGGAAGCAAGGUAUCUUAUAUCGAAGGCAACCAGGCCAUUUCACUCGCGAACAGCAUAUUCGGCCACGAUGGCUGGUCCACUCAGCUCAUGAGCAGCACGACUGAAUUUCUUGAGCCUACUCCUGCCGGCAAAUUCAACUGCGCUAUCACAACAGUCGUGAGAGUAACAGUAUUCACAACGGGCGCUUUCCAUGAAGACUUCGGUUUCGGUGAAAUGGUUAACUGUCCAACGCGUGGAGCAGCUAUCGAGAAGAGCCGCAAGGAGUCAGUCACAGACGCUGUAAAGAGGUGCUUGCGCUACUUUGGUAACUCAACCGGUAACUGUCUGUACGAUAAGGAUUACUCUAAGGAGAUUAUCAAACAUAAGGAUAAGAAUAGAUACCGUUAUGAUCCAGAUCAGCUCUACAGACCACCAGAAUUUGACUACAGACCAAACCACGUCCGUGAGCAGGAGGAAAGGCGUCUGACGCAGCAGAGACAGCAGCAGCAAGCGCAGGAGAAGGAGAGGGAGAAGGAGAGGGAGUAUCAUGAGGCAAAUGUAAGGAGGAUGAGCGGUGUGAGCAACAGUAACAGCAAUGGCAGUCUCAAUACUUCUGCGCAUUCAUCAAUACAUCCCACCAAAGACGACGAUCUGAUUUGGGAUGGGUUCGAAAUGAAUGACGCGAGUAUGGUAUCGGUAGUGGAUGACAAGUCGGUCAUAGAUGACAACACCAAUACCAAUGCCAGUGCUAAUGUCAACGUAGGCUCGUUGAAUGACAUAAAUGAUGGUCACAAUAACAAAAGGAGCUUGCUCAUGCCUCCGCCGCCUAUACCUAAUGGCUAUCAACAGCAGCCAUCGCCACCACAUCAGCAGCAGGACUUACCACAACCGCAACCACAUGCACAAGCACAACAAACACCAUUCUCAUCGCCUAAAAAAAACAAAGGUGCCGAAUCAAGAGCAGCAGCACUAAAAAGAGGGCGAGAGAAUACAAUGGUCUCGGAGAAGAGUGAGCAGCCACCAGACGCAACGACGCUCAAGAAAAGCAAGAGCUAG